GCGAUAACGACGAACCAAACAAACAAGAAGCUGAACGAUGAGGAGCAGCGAGGAGGAUGGCAACGUGCAUCGUGGUGGUGGUGGUGGUGGUGAUGGGGAGAAACAGGAGGAAGCAGUUGAUGCUGGAAGUGGUGAAGAGGCGGGGAGAGGCGGUGGAGCAAGGAAGGAGCGGAGGCGACAGAGUACGAGGCAACAGCGGCCACAGCGCCAGCCCAUUGAGUCGAGUGAUGAGGGUGGCGGCAACGAAGUGCUUGACGCCGACGGUGGUGACGACAACGAUGGCGGAGAUGAUGUGAAGGAGGGUCGCAUGCGGCCACAAAGGAGGAGAAGGAGAAGGAGAAAGUUAGAUGACGAUACACGUGGCGAGCGAAGUAACCACGAGAGACAGCCAAAGCGACAGGAACAGAACCCGGAUGCGGGGGAUACCGAGCCCAUGAGGGUGAUCAAGGCGCCACCGCGCUUGAAGCCGCUUCGCAUCCCCGCUGUAGGCAGCGAGAGCACACAGGGCAGUGAAGCACCUGAGGCACCGAGAGAACAUCGGCGGCCACGCCGCCCUCAGGGAAAGUCGCUCGCCUCACGUCGACUCGAAAGCAUCAAACGCCACGGCUCUCUUCCAUCUUCGACCAGGGCAAGCGAGAGAGCAACGCCUGACAGCAAUGAAGCGCGCGAGAAGUCCAGCACGUGGGGUUCCGGAUCAACGCUGUCGCAGCCACCAGCAGAUGCAGCAUGGCCUGCGCUGAACGAAGUGGACGAGGAGGACUUGAUCCAGGACGACAGCCGGGAUGGCACGCUGACACUCACGCGAACGAAGACAACGCGAGGUCCACGAAUCAAAGCCCAGUCACCGCAGGAGUCACAGCAGAAGACCUACGUCGAAGGUGUGCGCGCAUUCCAGGCGACGACUCGCCAGGCCGCGCGGCGCGAGGACAGCGGUGGCGCUGACGAGUAUCACGAACGGCCACACAGGCCAUGGGUCCUCGCGGUUGACUCGUACUCCUCAGCGCUCAUCCACCGCGCCCACACCUUUCUCCUCGGGUUCCUGCUGGUCCACCUGCUCGUCAUCACGAGCGUUUAUGACGACAGCGCAGAUGUUUCCGCCUCGUGCAUUUCCGUCGACGCCUUUCUCAGUGACCGCGACAAAACAUUCGUGUGCUUCAUGGACAGCAUCACCCGGCCCUUCACGGCCAUGUUCCAGUGUGCCGCGUGCUUCUGUCUCGUCUCUCUCUAUCUCCACCGCCGCCGCCGCCGCGAAACAGGCCAGCCCGUCACUGCCAUCUGGUACAUCAACACAAUCGUAUAUCUUGCGUGCAUUGGCGUGGGCGUGGCGGCGCUGCAGCAGGAGCUGCUUGUUGGCGUGUACGACAACGACCUCUACCUCGACCUCCAACAGCGCGGCAAACGCGAUCCACAGCGACCCGAUGUGGAGAGCAUGGUGCAGCUGUUGCGAACGCGCAACGCCCUCGGUCUUGCUGCCACUUUCCUCCACCUCAUCUUCUCCUCCGGCUCCUCAGAUGAUGGCGGUUCCACAACGCGCGUCGCACCAAAGUCAACAGCGGCAGUUCACGAGCACAACGGAGGCGACGACGAUGGCGACGACGAUGCACAGCCCCUGCGAGGGGAGAGUGCAGUGUAGAUCAAAGCAGUGCACAUAACAGCUGUUUGUUUCGCAUACCUGUAGCUUAGUGUCAUCUGUGCAUACGAUUGAAUGAAUGCAUGUACACCAUCUCAACAAACCACGUUGUCAAAACACCUCAAGAAGCAAUCAACCAG